GAAGGGGCUGUUGGUCACGUGACUCCGCGCAGGUUAAAUGCCGCUGAAGCUGUUGGGAUUUGUUGGAAGGAGAGGACGAAGAGCCGAGGUUGUACAGCGUUGGUUGCUUUGGGCAGUCCACAGAGAAGACAAAUGGCCAGCACCGUCAGAUUCGGGACCACCACUGACCCUUGCAGGCUUGCUUCUGACAGGGUCCAGCAAGCUGAGGCAAAUGAAACAAAAGGAGAUUGUGACCCAGAGAAACUUCUACAGUGUCCUUUUGACAAAAAUCAUCAAAUCCGGGCCUGCCGUUUCCCAUAUCACCUCAUCAAAUGCCGCAAGAACCACCCUAAACUGGCCAGCGAGCUGAAAACCUGCCCCUUUAAUGCUCGCCACCUGGUUCCCAAGCACGAGCUGGCGUACCACACAGAGACCUGCGAGGACAGGAUCCCUGUGGACCCUGAAGACUCUGGAAGCACAAAUGGACUCUGGCACGUUCCAGUCAGCACAUGGGUCAUCCCCAACAUGUCUGAGGACUGGGACAAAGAGGUCGAAGACCACGCUGCUGCUCCAUUUGUGUGGGGACAGAACGCGGCGCAGAAAAACAAGCUGGACGUCAGGCCCACCAACAACCUCGGUUCAAGCGUCAGGGCACCCGCUACCUUCCCAUGGUCUAGUUAUAAACAGUAAUCUCGAAUUGCUGCUGAUUAAUCGUAAUGCGUAUGCUUUCUGCACAUGCACAAGUCUUUAGUUUUUCAUUUUAAAAUAUGUUCUUAAUCUUUUAGCAAAUUAGGUAGGU